AUGAAAUUUGGGGGCAACCUUGGCUGUAGUAACUAUGAGAUGGUAGAACUCAGGAUACUGCAUGGAAGAAGCAAAGCAAUAAGGAGGACUAGAUCUCUAAACUUUUGGAGAACUAACUUUGGCCUUCUCGAAGACYUACUUAGAGGAAUCCCAUGGGUUAGGGCUUUAGAAAAGAAUGGCUUUUACAAGUACGUCAGCAUCAAAAGGGAGAUUAGCGAAACUGUUGGGUUGCUGCUGAAUCGGAAGAGUACUCUGGUAAUGGAAGACACAGAGAAGGCAGAAUUACUGAAUGCCUUCUUUGCCUCAGUCUUUACUGCUGAGAAUGACCCGCAGGAGUCCCAGAACUUUGAGCUUUUUGUACUUGCAUAUUUAAAUGAUCAUGCUCAGUAUAAGAAAGCAGCUCAGGUUUUAACCMAAGAGAUGGAGAUCGAGACUGCAGACGAAGUUGCUAUUGUUGGAAUAGGAUGCAACUUUCCUGGAGGAGAAGGAAUUGACAAUUUCUGGAAAAUCCUGGAGGAGGGCAAAAACUGCACCGUAGAAAUCCCCCCUGAGAGAUUUAAUGCCAAGGAGUGGUAUGAUCCAGAUGGAAACAAGCCAGGAAAAAUAUGUACAACACGAGCUGCUCUUCUUGAUGAAUUUAAUUCAUUUGACAACCACCUAUUUGGGAUUAAUAAUAUGGAAGCUGAGCGUAUGGAUCCACAGCAGAAGUUACUGAUAGAGUGCACAUACAAAGCCCUGGAGGAUGCAGGAGUUCCUGUAGAAUGUGUCAGUGGCACAAAAACAGGUGUUUUUAUUGGUCUCAUGAAUCGAGACUAUGAAAUCAUAACCAGCAGAGCAGYGAGUGAAAUAAAUCAUUAUGAUGGUACUGGAACAGCAAUGAGCAUUGCUGCUAACAGGGUCUCAUUCACAUUUAAUCUGACUGGACCAUCCCUGACUAUUGACACUGCRUGUUCAUCUUUUCUGUUUGCUCUGCACUACGCCWUGCRAGCCAUUAGAUCAGGAGACUGUGAGGCAGCAAUCUGUGGUGGGGUGAACUGCAUCAUCGAUCCCCGCAMCUUUGUAUCUCUCASUAAAGCAAAAAUGAUCUCUCCRGARGGAAURAGCAAACCCUUCUCCAAAAAAGCAGAUGGCUAUGGAAGGGGAGAAGGCUGUGGUGUUGUUUUCCUCAAACCACUGAAGAAGGCAAAGGAAGACUACAGCAAAAUCUGGGGUGUGAUAAACAUCAGUGCAGUAAAUCAGAAUGGGAAGUCCAUGACUCCGAUCAUAAGACCGUCUCAAAUCGAGCAAGAGAACUUGCUGCGCAGCAUUUAUGAAAGUCGUGUGGAUCCCUCUGUUGUGCAGUACAUUGAAGCCCAUGGCACAGGAACUGCUGCUGGAGAUCCUACUGAAGCUGAAAGCCUGGGCAGUGUCGUUAGCAAAAAGAGGUCUUCCCAARUUUCCAUUCUGAAAAUCGGUUCAGUGAAAGGAAAUAUUGGGCACACGGAAUCGGCUGCUGGAGCAGCCRGCUUAAUCAAAGUGCUCUUGAUGAUGCAUCAUGGAAAGAUUGUUCCAUCCUUGCAUUACUCAAAGGAGAUGAGCAGCAUUGAUACAGACAAAUUAAAUCUUGCUGUUGCCACAGCUGUAGAGCCCUGGGAAGAAUCCAGUGAGUAUGGAAGGGUAGCUGGRAUCAACUGCUUUGGGUUUGGAGGAACCAAUGCUCAUGUUGUAGUCAGGCAGGUGAAGCAGCCAGAGCCUCUUCCUGCCUUUAAGAAGCCCCUGGAAUUAGUUGUGCUGUCAGCAGCAUCCCRUAAGUCCCUCCAGAUGACAAUGGCUGAUACGGCUGAGCAGCUGAGCACAAGAAACACCAUAACUCUCCCCAGCCUGGCCUAUACAUCGGCCUGCAGAAGAAGCCAUGCCAACUACAGGUACCGAAAAGCDUUUGUCACAAAUUCCCUCCAGCACUUGCAGCAAGAGCUGAAAUUGGCAUCGAGCACUGAGCCUACCAUGUCAAAAGUGGAACCACAGCUGGUGUUUGUGUUCUGUGGCAAUGGUGUAAUGCUGAAGGAGUUGAGUGAGGCACUGCUGAGCUCAGAGCCAGUGUUCAGAGACAAGUGUAAGGAAAUAGAAGAGCUUUUUCAGCAGCACGCUGCCAUCAGCCUCCUGCCAGCAAGAAAUCGUAACCCAAAGGACUUGCUGAAUCCAGAGCUUUCCCAGCCCUUGCUGUUUGCCUUGCAGGUUGCCACAGCUUCCCUCCUGAAGCACUGGGGUAUCAAACCCAUUGCUGCUGUUGGCCCCUCGAUGGGAGAAGUGGCUGCUGCACAUAUUGCUGGGUACCUUUCCCUGGCUGAUGCAGUCAAAGUGAUUUAUCACCGGAGCAGGCUGCAGGCAAAGGCUGCUGGCGGCAGAAUGUUGGUGGUUGGAAACAUCCCUGUUGAAGAGAUUGCUGAACRUCUGCAUCCCUACUCGGGAAAGGUGUGCAUUGCUGCUUUCAACAGCCCCAUUUCCUGCACCUUGUCUGGCAGUGUAGAUGCUGUGGAAGCUUUCCAGAAAGAGUUAGCUGAAGCUUUCAAACAGAGAAACAUCUUUCUUCAUGUUUUAAAUGUUCCAGUUGCAUACCACAGCCCCAGCAUGGAUAUGAUACUCAGGGAGCUGGAGGAGCAGAUAGAGCCCUUAGAAAAGCAGAAGGGGGAAAUGGAAGUGAUUUCAACACUGACUGGGAUGGCUGCAUCUGAAAAUGACUUUGCUCAGGGCAGAUUCUGGGCACGGCAUGCUCGUGAGCCGGUUGCUUUCAUGAGGGCAAUCCAAACUGCAGCCAGAGACAGGGAAAAUGUGGUGUUUGUGGAAAUAAGUCCUCAUCGAGCAUUGCAGCGAAGCAUAAAGGAAACUCUAGGAAAAGGCACAAAGGUGUUCUCCUCUUUGCAAACUGAUGCAGAGUAUCAGACACUCCUGACCCUGGCAGGAAAUCUGUUUGAACUGGGAHAUAAUCCCAACUGGCAGCACUUUUAUAAGGGGUAUCAAAGUGUUCCUGUUGCCAUUCCACGAUAUCAAUUUGAUCGACAAAAACUCAUGGCCUGUCUGGAUGUCCAUCAACAAGCAAAUCAAAGAGGUGUCAGUGCCAGUCACCCUUUGAUUUAUGGCAUAAACAGUGACAAUGUGGAAUUUGGCUGCCUGGUGUCUCAGGACACGACACCGUACUUAUAUGAGCACAGGAACAGUGGAAUGGCCUUAGUCCCUGGGGCUUUUUAUGUGGAGCUUGGUCUGGCCUCUGUGAUGAGCAGCUCAAGACCUAAAGUGCCUCUGAGUACUUGCCAGCUGAGUAUCUGUUUUUCUGCACCGUGUGUCCUCACACAGAGUUCYCAAGUGCUGAGGAUCAAACUGAGUCCACAAAAAGCCAUGACAGCCUUUGAGGUUCUCUCUUCCUCCAAUGCAGUUUAUGCUGCUGGCCAAGUGGCAGAGGGGCUCGAAGGUGUGGUGGAAGAAAGCAGCAUCUCCUUCCAAGCCAUCUAUCAAAGAUGCAGGUCAGUGAUUAGCAGAGAGGAGGUUUAUGAUGCUCUCUCUCAGGUUGGCUUUCAGUAUGGCUCCAUAUUCAGGCAGCUCAGUGAUGUGCAUUAUUGCCAGGAGCUAAAAGAAGCUAUAACAAGAAUAAAGGUGAAUGAGRAGACCGUCAGAGACWUGUACAGCUACUGCAUCCACCCYGUGCUGCUCGACUGUUUUCUGCAGAUGACCGCUGUCUUGACYUCAAGGACAUUCCAGUCCAGAGCAGGCUUUCCUUCAGGGAUAGGCAGCCUGGUGGUUCUCCGACCACUGGAGGAAGAAAUGAUGAUAUACAUGAGAUUGAGCAAGUCYACUGGGAACUGCCUCGAGGUCUGUGGAUGCUUUGUGGACAAACAUGGCUCUGUUCUGGCUGAGCUCAAGCGCGUUGCCAUCACUUUCAUAAAGGAAGGAUCUUCCAGAGACAAUGAGUUCCUGUUUGAAAACAAGUGGAAAGAAGUCUCUCUUUCACAGACAAUUGGACAUCUGGGGUUUAAGCYCAGASUCCUUGUCUUUGCAGACAAAUUUGGAAUAGCUGAGCAGCUCAAAAMGUAYUURCAUCCAGCUUCAAGGUAUGUUAUGCAUGAAGACUGGGAAUCCCUCGUGGAAGGUGAUGCACAGAACAAAAUGAGAGCAGAGGUUGAGGACUAUGAUGACAUCCUCUUUCUGUGGGGARUUCAAAAGUUAARUGAAGAUUUGCCAAGKAAAGCUGUAGAWCAGCUGGCAAAGUGUUGUGAAGCCUAUCGCCAGGUAGUGGUGGCAUURAGAGAGAAGACAUCCUGCUGCUCAGUCAGAGUGAUCACCUACAGAACAACAGAGAGAUAUGUGGACCACGUUAACUGUGGGUUUGCAUUGUAYGGCAUGACCAGAACUUGCGUCGUUGAAGUUCCAGAAAUCACAUUUCAGUUGAUUGACCUCGGCUCUUCCAGUUCCCUGGACAUCUCAGUGUUAGCAGAUGUUCUUGUCAAAUACAAAGGUGGGGACUACCCAGAAGUUUGCAUCGGCCAGGGAAGAGUUUAUGUGUCYGAAAUCAGACGCACACCUUUUGUAGAUGCAGAUCACAUCCAACCYGUGAGGUCUCUCCAGAAAUCACAGACAUUCACUUUGUACACUUCUGAUCCGUACACAGCAAAAGACUUGUCUGGGGAAUUAUCUACAAGCACUGCUAGUCAGCUUGACAAASAGAGUGUUGAAAUUCAAGUGGAUAAAAUUUGUCUCCACUCAGAAGAUUAUUUUGCUAUUAGUGUUUCUAGUUGCAACUUUGGUAAUACWCUGUAUUGGAACUCACAAGYAGGAGACAAACACAGACUUCUAGCUCUUGAUUUCAGUGGCACAGUCACAGCAACAGGCACUGAUGUGAAAAAAGUGAAAGUGGGAGAUCAUGUGGUUUCAUGUUAUCCCACUGCUGYGUCAUCUCGAGUUCAGAUUCCAGGRAMAGUUUGUUUCAAUGUCAAGAAAUUCCCAUUUCUCCAGAAAGUCCCUUGUGUGUCCUACUUCAUCAUUGCAUGGGAAAUUUUCACUCAGAGGUUGCCAAAGGGGAAACAAGGCCGAAUCAUUCUGGGAUCCAAGGGCAUAGACAUUCUGCAGGUGCAUGACAUUCAUGAGUAUCUCAGGAAGACCUUACUUUUAAACAACCCACAGCAAGCUGUUGUUAAAUUGAACUUUCAAGCUUUGUAUCAUCAUGAUUUAGCUCGGAUUAUUUCUCUCAAAAGUCGCUUUGUGUCACUUUUGUCAGAAGAGUUCAGGAAUAAGAUUGAAACCUCUGAGGAAAUUCAAGUCCCAGAGACUGCCUUUCUCAAAUCUGAGAACUACAUCACCUCACUGGUGAGUGACCUCACAGGAGUGGACCCAGAGGAACUAACCAUGAACACACCACUUUCAUCUUUGGGCAUAGACUCUAUGUUAGCUAUGACAAUUCAGAACCGUGUCUUUCAAGAGAGAAAGGUGGACAUACCUGUUCUGAAAUUGCUUGAUCCUGACACAACUCUGUCAAGUUUAGUGGUAGUUUUAGAAGAAACAAGCAAUGCAAAUGGAACAGAUGAAAAGAGWGCUGCUGUUGAAAGUGAAGAAAAUGGGAGCUGGCUAUAAAAUCUUCCCAAUCAGGAAUUGUAUAACUUUGACAAUACUCAGACCCUUUGCAGCAUCUCRGAAUGUGUCAUUGCAGGCAGGGUAAAACAUCUGGUGAUCCUGAAUGURUUCUUCUGCAUUGASUCAGAAAACCCUGCACCAGGUUCCUCUGUUAUUAUUCUGCUAGCUGUGGUAAUUUCUGUCAAUUGUUUGACUUGUUACUGUUUGCACCUCUACAUUAUGAAUAUACAUUUAAAGCAGCAUAAGAUUCUUUYGGCAUUUUUGUAUUCUUUUUKUAUUUUUCUUUUUWAAAAAUUAUUUUCAAAUAACUCAAGUAUCAAGUAUUUUGAUUAUGCAAUCUGUAUAAAUACAAGGAUCUUUUUGAAAGUCCUGUAGGUGUUGUAAAUUUCAAGGUUUCUUCUCAAAAAAUGAAACUUGAUUUUUUUCCUUAUGUGUUCAAAUAUAUUAAAAAUGCGCCCAGUGCAACUCACACAGUAAAGCAACUGGAUUAUUUUAUUAAUAACCAUUUUAUGAAGGCUGAAAUAAAUAAGAAUAUUACAAGAGU